AUGACUGCUACGGACUCUUAUCUUGCCAUUCCAGGCUCAGUGGCGUUCUCGCGCUCGCGCGGGAAAGCCAUUGCGGAGAGCCUAGAGGUUGCGGAUGUCCGCGCGCAAUGGAUUCAUUACGUCCACACUUCGACACCACUGGACCAAUCUCAGCGUGCCAUUCUCGAGCAAUUGCUCAAAUAUGGCGAUAUUUCCGACAUUUCGCCCGACUUCACCACCGAACAGGGCCAAUCUGACACCUACUACGUCUUCCCACGAACCGGAACUAUUUCUCCGUGGAGUUCCCAGGCCACAGGCAUUGCUCAAGUGUGCGGCCUGCGCCAGUCCGUCAAGCGUAUCGAGCGGGGUAUGAAGGUUUCCUGCCUCCGAAAGCAUGGUCAAGACUAUAAGGAAGGAUAUCUGGACAUUCUCCACGAUCGCAUGACUCAGUCCAUCGGCAACGAGGAGCCUGAUCUCAAGCUCAUGUUCUCGGAGCAUGAGCCUCUACCUCUCAAGACCAUUGCACUUCGCAAUGAAAAUAAGUCCCCCAAACAGGUUCUCCAAGAGGCCAACAAGGAGCUCGGUCUUGCCUUGGAUGAAUCAGAAAUUGAUUAUUUGGCGGAGGCCUACGGUCCCAACGGCGCUAUUGCUCGUGACCCGACCGAUGUCGAGUUGUUCAUGUUUGCUCAGGUCAAUUCCGAGCACUGUCGCCACAAGCAGUUCAACGCUUCAUGGGUAAUUGAUGGCAAGCCGAUGCCCAACAGCUUGUUUGCCAUGAUUCGAAACACCCACAAGAAGAACCCGGAAUAUACUGUCAGUGCGUACAGUGAUAAUGCUGCAGUACUGGAAGGCGGCCCUGCCGCUUUCUGGGCUCCUGACCCCACCACUGGCGAGUGGACUCACACCAAGGAAGUCGUUCACUUCCUCGCCAAGGUCGAGACUCAUAACCACCCUACCGCUGUUUCGCCCUAUCCCGGCGCUGCAACUGGAUCCGGUGGUGAAAUCCGCGAUGAAGGUGCAGUGGGCCGAGGGUCUCGCCCCAAGGCUGGUCUUUCUGGCUACUGUGUGUCUGAUCUCUUGAUUCCUGGGCUGCGCCAACCCUGGGAGCUCGACGUUGGCAAGCCGAACCACAUCGCAAGCAGUCUGGACAUCAUGCUGGAAGCACCUAUUGGCAGUGCCGCUUACAAUAACGAAUUUGGUCGCCCUUGCACAGGCGGCUAUUUCCGUACUUUACUCACGGAAAUUGACGUCGGUAAUGGCGAGAAGGAAAUCCGUGGAUACCACAAGCCAAUCAUGAUCGCUGGAGGUGUCGGUACUGUUCGUCCUCAGCACGCCUUGAAGAACCCCGAUGUCGUCAAGCCUGGCUCGUACCUGGUCGUGCUGGGUGGUCCGGCCAUGCUGAUUGGGCUCGGCGGUGGUGCUGCGUCCAGUAUCACAUCUGGUGAAGGAUCAGCCGACCUCGACUUUGCUAGUGUUCAGAGAGGCAACGCCGAGGUUCAGCGUCGUGCUCAAGAGGUCAUCAAUGCCUGUGUCGCCAUGGGCAACGACAACCCUAUCAAGUUCAUUCACGAUGUUGGUGCCGGUGGCCUUUCCAACGCCCUACCCGAAUUGAUUCAUGAUUCCGGCCUAGGCGCCACUUUUGAAUUGCGGGAAGUCGACAGCGCCGACCGCAGCAUGAGCCCCAUGCAGAUUUGGUGCUGCGAAGCUCAGGAGCGAUACGUUCUCGCUGUUGGCGAGGAAAGUAUUAAUAAAUUUACAGCCAUUGCACAGCGCGAGCGUUGUGGCUUCUCCGUCGUUGGCCGCGGAGGUGGUACCUCCGAGGAAGACAAGCGUCUUAUCCUUCUCGACCGCGAGUCCAAGGAUUAUCCCGCUCCCAUUGAUCUCCCUCUGUCGGUGCUGUUCGGCAAGCCCCCGCGCAUGACGCGGACCGUUGACUCGCGCAAGCUGACUCUUCCCGCUAUUGACUCCAGCCUGACUAAGUACCUUCCCUCACUUACCUCAAAAGCUGAGCUGGUCAACGAGGCUGUGAACCGCGUUCUUUCCCUUCCUGCAGUUGGCUCAAAGUCUUUCCUCAUCACUAUCGGCGAUCGUACCGUCGGUGGUCUGACUGCCCGUGAUCAAAUGGUUGGAAAGUGGCAGACACCAGUUUCGGACGUAUCGGUGACAGCAACUUCGCUGCUGCAGGGUGUCAGAACUGGUGAAGCGAUGGCGAUGGGAGAGAAGCCACUUUUGGCUUUGAUCUCACCCGGUGCUUCUGCGCGAAUGGCUGUCGCCGAGUCCUUGAUGAAUAUCGCCGCCUCUGACCUGGUAGACCGCCUAAGCCAUGUGAAGCUUUCCGCCAAUUGGAUGUCAGCCAGCAGCCACCCUGGUGAGGGCGCUGCAAUCUACGAGGCUGUCGAGGCCAUUGGUCUUGACCUGUGUCCCAAGCUCGGCAUCAGCAUCCCCGUGGGCAAGGACUCCAUGUCCAUGAAGAUGAAGUGGAAGGACGAUGCUACCAAGGAGGCCAAGGAAGUGACUGCACCCAUGUCCUGUGUGAUUUCAGCUUUCGCCCCCGUUGGUGAUUACCGCAAGACCUGGACGCCGGCUCUGCGUAGCCUGGAGGAUGUGGGCGAAUCUGUUCUGAUGUUCGUCGAUCUUUCAUUCGGCCGCAAGACUCUUGGCGGGUCUGCGCUUGCUCAGGUCUUCAACGAGGUUGGAACCGAAUGCCCCGAUGUUCGCGAUGUUGAUAUUUUCCGCGACUUCUUUGACGCAACUCAACAGCUGCAAGAGGCUGGAAUUGUUCUGGCUUAUCACGACCGUUCUGACGGAGGGCUUCUGACCACUCUCGCCGAAAUGAUGUUUGCUGGUCGCUGUGGUGUCGAGAUCAUGAUCGACAACAUUUGCUCAUCUUUCAAUACUCAGGACGUGAUCGAGUGCCUCUUCAAUGAAGAGCUUGGUGCAGUUUUCCAGGUCCGCAAGGAGCACGAGAUCCAGUUCCGUUCUUGUUUCGCAACCUGCGGACCUCCUGCGGGACUGAUUCACAAGAUCGGACGCGUUUCUGAGAAGCAAAAGCAGAAUUUGACCAUUUAUCACAAGGCCUCGCUGAUCUACCGCAACACUCGCGCCAAUCUGCAGCAGACUUGGUCGAAGACCUCCUACCACAUGCAGAAGAUGCGUGACAACCCCGAGUGUGCCGAGCAAGAGUAUGAGAACAUCCUUGACGAUGCCAACCCGGGUCUGUCGUGGAACCCGACCUUCGAUCCCAAGGAUCGUUGCCUGCCAGUGAUGACCAGUCUGUCGCAGUAUUCUCCCUUCUCCAAUAAGCCUCGUGUUGCCAUUCUGCGCGAGCAAGGUGUGAACUCUCAAGCUGAAAUGGCUUUCGCCUUUAACACUGCCGGCUUCUCUGCGGUUGACGUCCACAUGACCGAUCUCAUUUCUGGUCGAGUAUCCCUGGCCAGCUUUGCAGGUCUGGCUGCCUGUGGUGGCUUCUCUUACGGUGACGUUCUGGGUGCGGGUCAAGGAUGGGCCAAAUCCGUCUUGCUGCAUGAAAAGACUCGCAAGGAGUUCAAGGCCUUCUUUGAGCGUCCUGAUACUUUUGCCCUCGGCGUCUGCAAUGGUUGUCAAUUCUUGUCGCGAGUCAAGGAGCUCAUCCCUGGGGCUGGAAACUGGCCUAGCUUCGAGCGAAACACCAGUGAACAAUACGAAGGCCGUGUCACCAUGGUUCGGAUUUCAGACUCUGAUCCUUCUCGUCCUAGCGUGUUCUUCCACGGCAUGGAAGGCUCCUCUUUCCCGAUUGCCGUCGCUCACGGUGAAGGUCGUGCUUCCUUUUCAGGCACUCCUGGCCAGAGUGCUGCCGACUUUGUCCGUGCUGGUCUCGCGCCGGUUCGCUACGUCGACAAUGCCACUCUGAAGCCGACCAUGCGUUACCCUUAUAACCCCAACGGCAGCCCUGAAGGUAUUGCCGGCGUGCGUAGCCCUGACGGCCGUGUGUUGGCUAUUAUGCCUCACCCUGAACGCACUGUCAUGAACGGCAUCGCCAGCUAUCUGCCCCCGAACGCCGCGGAGUGGGGCGAGAUUGGACCUUGGGGCCGCAUCUUCUUCAGCGCCAGACGCUGGUUUGGUUAG